AUGCCGGCCAAGGAGACAUCCGACCAUGCUUCCGAGACCGCCGAACAUGUCGAAAACGUGACUACCCCCACUGCCGGCAUGACAUAUGUCGCCAGCCCGAAAGUCACUUUGACGGCGCUUGCUUUAGAAGUUCUUCGGGUGCAGAUCCUAGAGAAGAUUUUGAGGGAGGUCAAGGACGAGGAGGCAGCUUCUCAAGCGAAGAAGCAGAGAGCUUCUAGAGCGGCUUCUAGAGCGAAGGAGUGA